CGCAAUUCGAUCAAUUGGCAACCAGUCCGUGUCCAACAAAACAAAACGGUCAAUUCAUCUAUUACGAUUCUGUGGCAAUUUAUUUUUUUUCUUGUGAUUUAAGUCUCCCUUGACAACGCUGCUCUGAUCGCAUAAAAUAGCCUUGAUCUUCUAUUUUUGUUUCUCUUCUGCAACUUAGGUCUAGUCUAGUCAUCAUCUUUGGUCAUGAAUCUUUAAAGCCUCGAUAACCACACACUAAAAAUCCCCAAGAUACCGGCGCUAGUCAGGUCCGGCCAUUAACCGUGGGCCACGGUUAUCUUCGGCCCCCGCCACAUGCAAGAUUCAGAUGCCCCGCCAAUCACAAGCUCGAAAUCUCUGCACCUACCGCCCGUCUUCCGCGGGAUAAUUAAAGUUUACCUGCUAUCAGCCUGACCCUUGUCGCUUGAAAGUGGCCCGAGAAACGGAGAAAAAAAAAAAGUCGAGACUCAAUUUUGCUAGGCGCGCCGACAUCAUCACGUAACGACCGCAGAAAAAAAACAAAGAAGACUGCAUCGACCUCAACUAACUUGCAAAAAAUUUAACACUAUUUUUUUUGUUUUGUUUUUCCCACACCGAUAAACAAACACUUUUUCACACCGCCCCACAUAAGCUGUCACGAUGUUUGGAGGAUUCGAGCCACCCCAGCUUUCGGAGGAGCAGCUUCGCAUGGCCGAGGAGGAGGCCACCUUUGCGGUCAAGCACUUUGUCGCUGCCAGCGUCAUUCUCUACUUUUCUCCCUUUGCCAUCGACGUCGUUUCGAAGUUGUUCUGAGAGCAACGCUGGAGCCUUUUUUUUUUCCACCACACUACGUCGAGUUUGAACAAAAGUGCGCAGGCUUGGUCCCCGGGGUGGACAUCGGUGUCUUCAGCAACGCCGAUCCCUCACCGAUAGUUUCUACACCCUGCACGAUCUGUUCUCCAGCUCAAUAUCUUGUAAUCAUCAAAACACACGACUCUUGGAGGCGGGGGAUCUUCCGUUUCAGCAUUGGAGGAGGACUCAUAGAACUGUACAAUACUGUAUGACAAAAAGCUAGUCACAUUAUAAUGGACUCAUGACAACAACGCAAGCAAGAUCACCAAGUCACCUGGGGCCUGAAGGAAGCGGCUCAUGUCUACAUAUCAUGACUACACUGUUCAGCCGCAGGAACAAUGGUGGGGACUGCUCAGGUUUCCAGCUAUUAUGAUCAAGGAAGCCUCGUAGGAUGCUUACCUACGCCAGGUCAAUACAGACGUCCAGAUGACAACGGAACGGACAAAAAGGGCCUGUGAUACCUGGUCCAGAAUGUUCUACUGGAGCUGACAGUUGCUUGGGACCCUUUCUCAAGUAGACGCCGUUUGUUUGGUGAAUUCCUAUGCGGAUGGUCCCGAAUACUAAGCGUCUGACCGAUACAGUGCUAGUGAAAUACGGGGUACUUCACUCAUCCCAUCUGCAAAAG